GGCUUCUGGCCAAGCCGUGUGCUAUUGCACUAUAAUCCUUUCUCAUCCAUUUUAUCCUUGCAAAGACGGGUUUUCAUGAUAUUACAAGGAUCAAUGACAAGAUGUUAUUCUUAAACCAUGUGUCGUGCGUGCGAUGAAAAUUGUCACCAUGUUCUGUUGUCGGGUCGGAACGUCUACUUAGCAGCCGCAUUAGCUGUGUCAUUGUGGAGGACUGAUGACCAUGAUUGAUCAUGUAUCAUAUGGGGGAAGUGGAUUUUGGAAAAGAUUACAAUCUCAACAGAAGAUCCUUUAAACAGAAUCUCUCACUUUCAACUUCAACUUGGAUUCUGGGAAGCAUCAGAUGGUGCAUUUAUAUCCCACUUACGAGAUCAAGUCAAGUGAAACUAUCAGCAGUCUCCCUCGGUGCUAGAGCUUCUGUGUUUGUGAAGCACCAACAAUGGAAGCUGCUGCAUUGAGUAGAGGGUUUAUCAUCUUGAUACUGGUAUUGUAUAUCGGGGCGGCAGGUGCAGGGAGGCCCCUUUCUCCUCUGCCAAGCAAAGCUGAUGAUGACGUGAAGAAACCCCUCCAGACUUCCCGGCCAUACAAUUUUGCACAUCGUGGCGCAAAUGGGGAGUUCCCUGAAGAAACGGCCCCUGCAUACAUGAAAGCGAUUAAAGAGGGCGCCGAUUUCAUAGAAGCCGAUAUCCAAGCCACAAAAGACGGGAUCCUGGUAUGUACCCAUGAUGUGAACCUUGAUGACACAACUGAUGUUGCCGAACACAUGGAGUUUGCGGAUCGCAGAACGAUGUAUGAAGUCCAAGGAGUAAAUAUCACCGGGUGGUUUGUUGUUGAUUUUACACUCGAGGAACUGCAAUCACUGAGGGCAAAGCAGAGAUAUGCAUUUCGGGAUCAGCAGUACAAUGGUAAAUUCCCGAUCAUCACAUUCGAAGAGUACAUUUCAAUCGCCUUGGAUGCUGACAGAGUUGUCGGUAUAUAUCCCGAGAUCAAAAAUCCCGUCUUCGUGAACAAGCAUGUGAAAUGGUCAGAUGGAAAGAAGCUCGAGGAUAGAUUUGUAGAGAUGCUACAGAAGUAUGGGUACAGAGGUUCAUACAUGUCCAAAGAAUGGCUUAAACAACCUUGUUUUAUUCAGUCCUUCGCGCCGACUUCACUCAUUUAUAUAUCGAACCUCACCGACUUGCCCAAAAUUUUCCUUAUUGAUGAUGUUACCAUACUCACAGAAGACACCAAUCAGACGUACGCCGAGAUUACCUCAGACAGUUUCCUCAAUCACAUAAAGGAUUAUGUAAUGGGAAUCGGCCCAUGGAAGGACACAGUUGUCCCCCCGAAAGACAAUUAUCUGGAGAGCGCAACUGAUCUUGUUGCCCGAGCCCAUGCUCUUGGGCUGCAGGUGCAUCCUUACACAUUCCGAAAUGAGAAUUCAUUUCUGCACUUCGACUUUCACCAAGACCCAUAUGUCGAGUACGAUUACUGGAUAAAUAAGAUCGGAAUUGAUGGGCUCUUCACAGAUUUCACAGGGAGCCUCCAUAGAUACCAAGAAUGGACCUCUUCAGUCUCCAAGAUGUGAAGAUGAUGCAACAAAGUCGCUUCACUAGGCUGUAUCGAUGGUUUCUCUUUUAAAGGGGCUGCCAUUAAUCCGUUGUUGACAAUUUUAUUAGGAUUUGGUUUGGGCAAUUUAGUUUUUCUCCUUCCGAUAUCAACGUUUCUUUCAUUCGUUACUCCGAAUAACAUUGUUGUUAAGAAAGCGGCUUUUGGUUUGGAUU